AUGUCUGCGGCUUUUUCUGAAAUAGGAUCUUAUCGUUUUGGGUUGCAUACAGAUUCCAUCGAGCUCUCACCUUGUGGAGAGCAGGCGUUGGUUGGAUCUUACGAACUCGAUGAGGCAAGUCUGACAACUGGCAAACGCAACGGCCAACUUGUCAGGUUUGAGAUAGAUGAAAAGCAUGUGGCAAAAUCUUAUGAGCUCAAAGUUCCUGGCGUCCUUGAUUUAUGUUGGAUGUGUUCUGACUUGUGCCUUGCUGCAACAAGUUCUGGAGAACUUUACACUAUUUCCUCCCAACCAUCACAACCUCUCACAAUCCGAAAUAUAAUCUCUGUUUCACAGAAAUUGCUUCUUUCAGCUGACUUUCAUGGUACAAAGUAUGCACAAUUUAACAUGCUUUGUCAUAUAUUAAGAGCUGUUACUGCCGAUGAAACAGGAAAUAUAUAUCUUGUUGACUCUCCGAAAGGAGCUGUCAUCAGCACCUGUAAAGCCCAUGAAUUCGAAUCUUGGUGUGUGAGAUUUUCCAAGAAUGACGACAAUUUGGUGCUAUCCGGCGGUGAUGAUUGCAUAUCUCGCGUUUGGGAUCAACGUGUUGGCUUCACUAAAUGCACAUUCAGUAGGAGACAUGAGAUGGGUGUAUGCAGUCUCUCGAGUGUUCCAACGCAUCGUCAUUUAAUUUCAACUGGUUGCUUUGAUGAAAAGCUAAGAAUAUGGGACCUUCGGAGCGUUGGUGGUGGUGGUAGUGCUGAAGUCGUUGUGUGUCACAGUGAGGGAGGCGGUGUGUGGCGCCACAAGUGGUCGCCGUGUGCGGGCAGGCUUCUAAUGGCCUGCAUGCACGCCGGCUUCGCCGUUGUGCGCGUGCCUGCAGGCCUUUCGGUGCCGUCACCUGAUGGUCCGCUCGCUAAACCUACCUUCUACCAACCUUCCGCCAAAUUGGCCUACGGCGUCGACUGGCACAUCAAUGCUUGGGCAGACGAGCAGCAACACUUUGAGGCGCUUCUCGCUACCUGUUCCUUCUACGAUAAUUGCGUAUCCUUCGCCAUCUGUACUGACUCUGAUGUCAGUGGCAAAAUUAUAACUACCGGAUCUAGUGAGUGGGGCACCCUCUGCAAACUAAACACAUCAGACUUUCAUCCAGAGAGCAUUGGGCGACGAAAUCAGUUACUGUCGUUGUUUCCGGGUCUGCAUAGCCUCUAUACUUGGUAUAGACCCACCCACAGACCAUGCUGCUUCCCACAGACAUGGGAGUCUGAGUUCAUCGUUCAUACACGGCGCAUUGGUCGACGUCCACGGAGCGAUCGUUGUUUGUAUCGCAUCCGUCGGAACAGCACGAAUCCACCGACCAUCGAGGCAGUUAUGGUGAUCGGGCAAACAGUACUCUCUAACAGCCUCUGUGAGGACUGGAGAGGACCGCACCUGAAGGUAUGUCCCAAGGAUGAGAGGGAGUGCCUCCACACACCCUACCUGGGUGAACCCAGAUGCAUCUCGGAGGAUAACGGAUUCCACUACGUUCCUAGUGCAGAAACAUUGCAAAAGGAAAUGUGGUUCACUGACGCGAGAAUUCCCACCGGUGGUGUUAAACGCCAUCUAUAUACGUUUUCAAGAAAGUACGAGGUCUGUCGACUGGAACGCUACCAAGUCCUUAUCGGGCAGUAUGUUGAUUCGAAGAGCAACUGUCGCAUGAUGUUCCUUAUGGAUCAACUGUUUAUACCGAGUCCGGGCACCUUUAACACCAACUUUGAGCAGGACAUCUUGGAUGGUAUGUUUCGGUGCUUGUGA